AUGGCGGCGUACUCGGAACCCGUCGCGUGGCGGACGCGCGGCCGCCGCCGCCAGGCCGCGGCGAUCGCUGUCCUCCACCCGGACGUCCUGAUCUGGGAGAUCCUGGCCCGCCUCCCUGCCGCGACGCUCCUCCGCUGCCGCGCCGUCUGCCGCGCCUGGAGCGGCAUCCCCUCCGACCCUGGCUUCCUCCUCGCCCACCACUGCCGCCAGCCCUCGCUCCCCCUCUUCGUGCUCCGCGAAUCCAGCACCGACGCCGCCAACCCCGACCGCGGCCGGCCUCUCCUCGGGCUCGACCGCCGCCACCUCGACGGCUACGUUGGAGUUGGCCCCUUCGCGCUCCACGCCUCCUGCGACGGCCUCCUCCUAGUAUCACACCGCCGCAGAUUCACCAUCUGCAACCCGGCCACGCGCCAGCACGCUCCGGUCCCUGGCCUCGAUGCCGCAGGCUCCUGUACCAAAGUCGAGGCCUUGUACCCGCACCGGCCCUCCGGGGAGUACCGCGUACUCUACUGGCACGACGACCAAACCAAGAACAACGGCGAUGAAGUCUGCUGCUACAUCCUUGGGGUGCCGCGGGCGCGCAAGAGAUGCAGUGUUCCCAUUGUUCCCGCGGCCUGCCUUGGCAUCGCUUGCGCCGUGAUGCAGUGUUCCCAUUGUUCGCGCCCGCCGCCCGUCAUGUUCCGCGGCUGCCUUCACUGGGAUCCUCCCCGCCACCGCCCUUCAGGGGGCGCGUCGCUUGUUUUCGACACCGUGGCCGAGUCGUUCAGGCCGAUGCGCCUCCCGGAUGCUGCCGGCUGCUGCACUCGUUUGCAUGACAUGGAAGGUUUGCUUGGCCUCAGUUGUUUCGAUGAUAGUAGCACGGUUGCGAAGCUCUGGGUGCUGGAGGACUACGAGAGGGAGGUCUGGUCACUCAAGCACAAGAUUAAUUUCUCAUCGGUGAGCACGUGUAACAUAGCAAAGGAAAGCCGACAUCUGGUUUUGUCCCACGAGGGAGAUAUGCUGCUUUACAGAAACUCAAGCUCCAAGGAGGGAGAUAUGCCGUCCUACAGCAACUCUAGAUCAAGCUACAUGGUUCACUCUGCAGAGGGCAAGUUUCUAGAGGAAUUUCAAUAG